AUGGACCCCCAGACAGCACUCAACGAACUCCAACAACACCGCGACCUCUCCAUCCUCACCGUCUCCGCACCCUACCUGACACCCGACCCCGCCCUCCCCCAACGCCCUUCGGCCGACUCUACCACUUCCGAUCGCGACAACACAUCACCAUCCCUCCUGGCCGCCGACUUAACACACUACCGCGACCUCUUCUCGAAACUGCGCUUCUCGUACGUCGAGCAAGUUACUAAAGAACGUUUUCUCCGCGCCAUCACCGCGCAAGAGCCGGAUUUCGUGGAUGCGAGCGAGAAUGCUGAGUUGGAGGAGAAGUUGAGGGGAGAGAAGGCGGGGUUGAAGGAGAAGAAGGAGGAGGUUAGGGCGUUGGUGGGAGAGUUGGAGGGAGAGGGCAGGAGGUUGGCGGGACGAUAUGAGAACGUGCGACUACAGACGACGCAGCUGGAGUCACUGCCCGCCGAGAAUGACAAGCUAGAACGAACACUCAACACCCUCCGCGCCACCCAAGCCCCACGAUCAUCCAACCCCUCCCUAUCCCUCCCGCUGCAACCGACCCUAGACCUCCUCCAGGAGCGCGAAGCAGAGCUCGAAAGCCUAGACCGACAGAUCGAGACACUACGCGCCGCGCUCCCGCAGAAGCAGGCGCAGGUCGCGGGUUUGAAGGAUGAGGUCAACAUGUUGAAUGUGAAGAAGAUCAAGGCCGUGGAGGAGGCGCAGGAGGCGAGGCGGAGACGGGAGGGUGGGGUGGGUGGGGAUGAGAUGGAAGAGAGGGGGAGGUGGCUCAGGGGUGUUGAGGGAGGGUUGAGGGGGAUGCUUGAGGUUUGA